AUGAUCAAUCAAUAUUUAUAUGAAGAGUGUAAUGAAUUCAGUAUCAAAUUUAUCAUUGCAUUAUUGACUCUUAAACUUUUCAUAAAGUCUCUUGAUUUUAUUGACUAUAUUUAAAUCUAGCUGAUCAUUCUAAUGCAAUUGUGUUUUAAGACAUAAUCAUCUAAUCUUAGUUCCAACAUAAUAACUUGUUACUUUUUGGUUCAAGAUAAUUUAUAAAGAUUUCAAUAAUCUAAUUUAUAAUACUUAUUCUCUUUAAAUUACACCAAAAGAAUUUAUGAUUUCUUAAAUUGUUAUUAUGUUUCAUAUUUUAGCCAUAACAAUUCUAUUUUUUAAUGGCACUUUCUUUUUUUUCAGUAAUUAAAUAAUCUUUAAUUAAGGGCAAAAAAAAAAAACAGCACUAAUAAUGAUAUCAACUUACUAAUCUAAUUUUUUAAUCUAACUUAAAACAUAAAGAACAAAAAGCAUUGUCACCAAAUAUCAUUUAUUUAUUCUAAAAUUAAAAAGAACUCCGAAAAUUACAACUUCAAAAGGUGUUAACAGGAUUUAGUACAUUAUCUUUACCUAGAUAAUCAGUAUAAUUCAACGUAUGAAUAAAGGCAAAAUAUAAUACUUUAAAGAUUUCAACUACUACCAAUAUUAUAAAUGUAUCAUUAAAUUUGGGUAAGUAUCUUAAUUAUGCAAUUAUCUAAGUUUUUGAAUUGUCAAGAAUACACUAAAAGCUCUGAACUAUAACUCUUCAAUUUCACCUUCAACUUAAAAAUCUCCUUACACUUUUCAGCCAUUUUAUAAGUGGAUUCUUUAUAAAAGGAAUGA